GUGUGACAUCAUAAGACCUCCCUAGAACACUUUUUCUCCUCCAUCUACUUCAAUUGUUCCCAUAAACCUGGUAACAGAGUCAGAAAACUUCCCAGCUGACCACCUGUAAGACUUCAUACAACUUAGAAUACAGAGUACCAUACCGGCAGCCAAGGCUACCUAAAAGAAGACAGUGGUCUCACAUUUGACUGCCAGCUUUUCCUUCUUUCGCUUGGCCUUUUAAAAACUUCAGACUUCCUGCCUUCCGGUGUCAUGGAGAAAGUCCAACACCUCACUCGCUCCGCUAUAAGGAGAGCUUCCACCAUUGAAGUGCCUCAACAGGCACGCCAAAACUUCCAGAACCUGUUUAUCAAUUUCUGUCUCAUCUUAAUAUGCCUCUUGCUGAUCUGCAUCAUUGUGAUGCUUCUCUGAAGUCUCGCUGCAGCCUCCAGUUCUACAGUUUACCACAGCAGCUUAACAUCUGCCAUCCCAUGAAGAGGGGAAAACACCACUGCGUUAAAGACCACUUCCGGAGCAGAAGAAUUUCUGUGAGAAGGUCAAGAUUCAGACCAAAACAAAUUGUCGACAAAUUUAUUCACCUGCUGGAUCUUGUAAACAUGAUCAGUGCUUUAUUUUCAAAAACUAACUUUAAAGUGACUAUAAUAUAAGUGUGUAUAAUGUAACUAUUCAUUUCCUUGCCAUGGCUUGUUAGUUUCUAUCCCAAAUCUUUUCUGAGGCUAGAAUAGGUAUUUAGUUUUGAAACUGCACUGCUACCAAGUUCCACUUCAGAUAUUAAGCACUGGCUUCACUGUUUGGGGUACAUAUAAAUUAUAUUGUACUAUAAAAACUUUUUUGAUAGUUACUAAGUAUUUUUCAGGUCUUCACCAAUAUAACAAUUCAAAUAAAGUAUCAUUAUUCAGAACCUCCAUUCUAAAAUAGAAACUCUUCUAUGCCACUAUUAACAUUUAAAAAAAAAUUAAGAAUCUACUAGGAAAAAGACUCUUAUUACAUAAAUGAAAUUCCUCUUGAACACUUUUUCAAAGAAUUACAGAAUUCUAAUACAUGUAGGUGAACCAUAAAUCUGUUCUCUCUAGGGCAUUAUGACCAACAGACGACAACUGGUAGUUAAUAUCAGACAGCGUGACUAGCCAUAAUUACUAAUAUGGUAACAGAGUAGAGUCUAAGCUUAAUUUAAGGCACUGUAGUUGAUUAUCUGAGCUACAGUACAUAACUUGCCAUAUAAUAUCCUAGAAAUCAUGAAAUUUUAAGAAUUUACAAUGAUUUUACAUAGUGUCUUCUAUUCCAACCUCACACCCAAUACAGGAAAGAAUGAAAGAUCUCCAAUGACAGAGAAUCCAUUAUUUCAAGCAUCCAAAAAAAAAAAAAAAAACCUGAAUUCUCUCUCUAAAUAUUAACUAAUUAUUACAUUUUGAAAUAAACUUUUUUGUCCCAUCAAUUGUUUAUAAUACCAAAACCAAACCCAGUGCCAUCGAGUCGAUUCCAACUCAUAGCGACCCUACAGGACACAGUAGAACUGCCCCAUAGAGUUUCCAAGGAUCACUUGGCGGAUUCAAACUACCAACCCUUUGGUUAGCAGCUGUAGCACUUAACCACUAUGCCACCAGGGUAUCCUUGUUUAUAAUACGACAUAGCUAUUUUCCUAAUCUAUCACCUGGAUGGUAACCCAUUGCCGUCAAGUUGAUUCCAACUCAUAGCAAUCCUAUAGGACAGAAUAGGACUGCCCCACAGGGUUUCCAAGGCUGUAAAUCUUUAUAUAAGCAGACUGUCACAUCUUUCUCCCAUGGAGCAGCUGGUGGGUUCCAAAUGCCAACCUUUUUGGUUGACAGCAGAGGGCUUUAACCACUUUACAACCAGGGCUCAAACCAGAUGGUAAACACCCACUAUUCUGUAGGCCACUCUACUGAGCUAAAUUAUAAACUCAGCAAUGCUAAUCUGCAACUACUUUCUUGCUGAGUGCUUUUUCAAUUUCCCCUCUCAUCAUACUAAAACACCUUCCAACAACUCAUAUAACAGACGUUAAGUAAAAAUUGGUCUCAGAAAAUAUAUUCACCAAAAUUAAAUAGUUGACUUAGUUUAAAAUUAAGACUAAAACUGUUUACCCCUAUACUACAUAACCCAACAGUCUUUAACCUCAGUUCAAGACAUGUUAUUAAUAUAUCAUUAAAGGAGUAGAGAAUGUGUAAUUUGCCACGUGAUUUUCUAAAAUAUGGUUACUAAAAGAAUUUGAAAUAUCUAUAUUGAUCUCAGUUUCUAACACAAGUGUUGCUUACAGAAUAAUGGAAACACUGCUUUUAAAUUCCCUAAAGCCAAGAGAUGUACUGGAGAUGCGAAAGGUGGUAGUUUUGGCUCAGUGAGGUGAGGAACAGAGGGAGAAAGAGUUUUGUUUUGUUUUGUUUUGUUUUUUUCUUUUUCAGCAAAGCCUCACCUUGUUGGAGAUCCCUAAUCAAAACCAGGAAGUAUGUUAAAUAAUAGGUCAGACACUCACCUCACCGGUCUCAGCAAUUAUCCAUGCAAAAAGUAAUUAAGUUCUAUGACAGCUGCCCUGAUCUUAAAAAUAAGUAGGACAUUUAAAGUAAGUCUCAUUCCUUUUUACUACAUUGUUCAUUACAUCAACUUCAAGCUAUUAACUGUGAAAUUAUGGGUUUUUCCUCAGUAUACUGAAAUAAUUUUUUUUGUUGUUUUUCACUCUGCCUUUGAUAGAAAUUAAAACCUUAUACUUUGGGGAUUACAGAAUACUAUUACUCAGAUUACAAUGAAGAACGAAAACCCAUUCUUUAAAUGAACUUAUUCUGUUCAUCAUGAUGUGUAAAGAGUAAGAUACAAUAAAAAAUGUAUUUAAAGAA